AAGAGGAAAAAAUAAAACGGAAAAUUGAGGAAAAAGAAAAAAAGAAAAAAAGAAAAAAAAGAAAAAUAAAACGAAAAUGAAACUUGCUGCGGAGGAAAGAAGCAAAUCCAGAACGACAGCAAAAGCCAGUUAACGCUCUCUCACAAAUUUUGCACGCACACACUCUCUCUCUAACGAGUAGCUUGAAAAUUUUCUCGUAGGAGAGAGAAAGAAGAAAAUGCUGGAAAAUUUAGGGCUAUUUGUCACCGAUCCAUCUCUUUGGUAGUAGUUCAUCGAUCCGUACACCCAGACAAGGCAAUAAAUGCUUUAGAUCCGACUGUUUGAUACAACAUUCGUCGGGUUGUAGUUGGCAUUUGAAGACUGUUAAGCUUAUCUUCAAGUUUGGGAUCUAACUGGCCGCUCAGCUUGCUUCCUAAACUGAGUUUAGAAGCCAAUUUUGACUUGAUUGGGUGUGGACGGCGGGCUUCUGCAUUUCGAGUGGUGCGGUUGCUUCGGUUACUUUUGCUAAUUUCUGCCAUUAUGUAUUCCAUUUACAAAGAUUUGGUGUUGGGUUGACUUGGACGUACCAUCUUUGGUUCUUAUGGGUAUUGGGUCGCUCGCAAAUGGAAAUUAAUUAAGUUUACAAAAUUAUUCUCGAAAACAGAAGGAUUAAAUUUGUUUAUUUUAUUUAUUAUUUAUUUAUUUUUUGGGGGUUGAAAGUGAUUGGGACUUAAAAUUAUUUCAUUGGAUAUACAUGAUGCGUUAUUCUGUCGAGUAUUCGGGUUGUUCAAUUGAGGUGGGGAUUGUGAGACUGUAGCUUUGGUGGCUGAGAUGCCUCCUUCACCCGCAUUGGGGUGCUCUCCGGGGAGAGGGCCGAAAGCCAGCAAUCACAAGCGAGGUCACAGCUUUGAAGGUGGAUUACUAUUCAGAGAGAAAGAUGAUGAUCUCGCUCUGUUCAACGAAAUGCAAAACCGGGAAAGAGAGAAUUUCUUGCUUCAGUCCUCAGAUGAUCUUGACGACUCAUUUUCUACGAAAUUGAGGCACUUUUCAGAUUUUAAGCUUGGAAUAUCCAUUCCUGUACGUGGCGAGAGCAGUGACCUGCUUAAUGCAGAUGGGGAAAAAAAUGACUAUGAUUGGUUAUUAACGCCUCCCGACACUCCUCUUUUUCCUUCAUUGGACGAUGAGGAACCGUCAGUUAGCACUGCCCGAAGGGGCAGACCUCGUAGUCAACCCAUUUCUAUAUCAAGAUCAUCCACGAUGGAGAAGAGCUACCGCAGCAGUAGGGGUAGUGCAAGUCCAAAUCGUUUAAGCCCAUCUCCUCGUUCUGGAAAUAGUAUGCUCCAGUCGAGAGGAAGACCAUCAUCAGCUCGUAAUUCCAGCCCAACUCCGAGUUUACGGCAUGCUACUCCAUCACCAAGGCCAUCUACUCCUCCAAGUAAACCAUCAACACCUGCUCCAAGGUCUUCUACCCCUACUCCUCGGAGAAUGAGCGUUGAAUCCAGUACCUCUGCAGCCUCUCCUGGGAUAAGGGGAACUUCCCCUGUAAAGACAAGUCGUGGAAACUCUGCUUCACCAAAAAUAAGAGCAUGGCAAACCAAUAUUCCAGGAUUCUCCUCUGAUGCACCUCCCAACCUGCGUACGUCUCUUGCUGAUCGACCGGCUACAUAUGUAAGGGGUUCCUCGCCAGCAUCUAGAAAUGGAAGGGAUUCUUCCUCCAAAUUCAGGAGGCAAUCUAUAUCUCCAACUGCUUCUAGAAGUGUCAGCUCAUCUCAUAGUCAUGAUCGAGAUCGUUUUAGCACCCACAGCAAAGGUUCUAUAGCAUCUUCUGGUGAUGAUGAUGUGGACUCACUACAAUCCAUGCCCGUGGGCAGUUUAGAUCGGUCAACUACAAAGAGAGUUGCUGCUUCUUUUUCAAAUAACAGAUCCCCGGCCAUUGCCAAAAAAUCAACUAGAGUAAUGUCCCCCUCGUCUGCUCCAAAAAGAUCAUUUGAUCUUGCCCUUCGACAAAUGGAUCAACGGAAAAGUCCUCAGAAUAUGUUUAGGCCGCUAUUAUCAAGUGUCCCCAGUACCACAUUUUAUGCUGGAAAAGGAAGUUCUGCACAUCGUUCCCUGAUUUCUAGAAACUCAUCCGUCACAACUAGCAGCAAUGCAAGUUCUGAUCAAGGUACAAGUGCUGCACAUGAUACUGAAGGAAGUGAUCAUAACCAGGAUGAUAUGGCUAGUGAAUGUGAGAAAUUACCAUACUCUGAUAUUCAUGAGGAGGUAUUUGCUUUUGAUAAGAUUGAUGUGAUGAAUGAAGCUACUGGGCAUGAAAUUCAUGAUGAAACACUCAAUAUUCAUCAUGGUAACUUUGAUAGAGACCCUAAGAUUGAAUGUAGUCCUGCUGAUGGUGGAGAUUCCUUUCUCCAUGGAAUUGAUGUGGAAGUCAGUCCCACAUCUGAAGCUUCUCAUGUUAGGGAUGAGUUCCCUGAAGUUGAUAGUCUUGAAGACAUGGCAGUUUGUUCUAGAUGUGGUUGCAAGUACCAUCACAGUAAUUCAGAGGAAAGGGACAUUAAGCUUUGUCCAGCAUGCAAUAGAAAGGAAAAAAUUUUGUGUGUCACCGCUUUGGAGACAGCUACAGUUGCUGACACCUUGCCUGUGUUGUCCAUGAGCAUUUCAGAAGAAAAGCCUCUUGAUGAUUUGAAAUAUGUUAAGGCUGUUCCUGAAUUGCCACAGGAUAUUGAUGGAGGUGAACCUAAGAGUUCCCCAGAUGAAGAGAAUGUUGAGGAACAGAAAACUUCUGAAAGUGAGCAAAACCAUAUUCAUUUGCAAGAAAAUUCUAUUGCAAGGUCAAUGGUGGAAGGAGGUGAUGACAGGCAUGCUAGCCACUCAGAGAUGGGUCAACUAGCUCUUGGUCAUUGUCUUCCUGAGACUGACUCUGGGGAUCAGAAAUUGCAUCACUUUAAUGGCUAUCCUAACUCGAAGGUUGACAUUUCAGAAGGUGCAGGCAUUUCUUUACUACUCAGGAGGACAAGCAGUAUCAAGGGGCCUGUUGUUCAAGGCAGAAGUUUUACAGCCACUUCCAUUCCUUAUGAUGAUCUGUCAUAUGCUAGAGAUAGUGCAAAAAGUAUGAGAAGCUCCAUUGGCCAUGGCAGUUUCUCUGCAUCAUCCUCUGUUGACUUCAGUUCAGCCAGAUCAACGGAGAGCCGGGUGCAACGGCAGUCAAGUGGCAGGAAAUUAGACAUGGAAAACCACAGAUAUGACAUGAACACAAGAUCUCAGAGUACCGGUUCAUCUUUUUCUGGAAUUUCAAACCUUGCUUCCCAUGCAAUGGGUCUUUCAACGAGCACACAUGAAGAUAAUUUUAAGGUUUCAGUUGGUAAGAUGGAAAGUGAUGUUGCACAGGAAACACCCAUAACGCCUCAAGAACAUUUGCUAGCUUUAGAAUGUAGAGAAGCGGAUGCCACUAGUACAUCUUUUACUAGGAAAGCUGAUGUUGAGGAAGAUGAUUAUGAACAUGGAGACAGCAGUAGAACGGGUGAUGCAUCUACUGCUGAACCGAGUCAUGCAAUUGGUAGUCAGUUAGAUGACUACUCUGUAUCAUCAGUUCAAAAUUAUGAAGACUCUGCUUCACAUGAAAAUAGCCUAGACUUGCCCGACCGUGCAAGUAGUAUCGCAGAGGUUGAAGCAUCCAUCAGAAGUCCUGAGUCUUCUUUCAAGGAGGAACAUAACAUUCUCAAUGUUAGGGUUGAUGGAGUGGACAAUGAAGAGGUUGCUACUCACAGCUCGUUGAUUACGGUAUCAGAAAUAGAAAUCAAACAUUAUCCCCAAAGUAACCCUUGUUCACCAAGUGAUAAUGUCUCCCUCACAUCAAAAAGCUCCAUGGAUGAAUUUCUGGAGCGUUCAGUUUGUACCCUUUCUGAUAGGGAUAUGAUAGCUUCUGUUCCAGAGUUCAACACCACUGAUCAUUCACAUGGCAUACUAGAACAAGAAUCUACAGUGGUGGUAGACUGUCAAAGCGGAAGUAAGACGAAAAGCUUAACACUUGAAGAGGCAACAGACACAAUACUUUUCUGCAGCUCCAUUGUCCAUGAUCUGGCCUUUCAGGCUGCAACCAUAGCAAUGGAAAAGGAAAAUUCAGCCCCAUUAGAAGAUUCCCGGCCAACAGUUACAAUACUGGGGAAAUCCAAUAAUUCUGAAAAGAAGGAUCUACGCAGUAGAACAGCUGGCAAACGCUCAACAAAAUCCCAAAAGGCCAGGCAAUGGCAGGUGGAGAUGGAUGCAAAAUCAAUUUCCGGUAAGACUGAGAACGACGAGAAUUCUACUACUGAACCUUUAAAACGCAUGGUGGAGCCUCCUAACAAGGUGGAUACGAUGAAGCCUCCAAAGCUGGAAUCGAAGUGUAACUGCACAAUAAUGUGAAAUGCAUAUCUGCUGCACAAAUGAUGCUUGAGUGCUUUGUAUUUUUCAGAGUUUUAUGUUUGAGGGGCUGUUUGGAUAAUUCCCGAUUGUUUUGGUUGGUUCCAAUUUAUUUGUAAGAAGAAAUGCCACGCUUGUUUUUGGUGACGUAAUUGUAAAGUUUUUCCUUGUCACUAGGCUCAUAUUAUUUAGUUGGAAAAAGGCAUUUGGAGGUUUGUGUUUGCUCUCCAGUUGCCGCAUUCUUGUUAGUUGAUUCCAAUUUGGUUCAAUUCCUUUCGUUAGAGAUAAAAAGUGUGAAUGGAAACCCACUCAUUCGUAAUUGUUAUGAUUGUGAAGAAUAUUCCUUUAUUUGUUCA